CGCCCCUUCCCGGGCCGGGCCGAGCCAAGUCGGGCUGGGAGUGAGGUGAGGUGAGGGGUGAGGUGAGGGGGGGAGCCCGGCCCCCGUCGCCAUGGCCAGUAACUCGCAGCCCCAGCAGCCUCCGGCGCCGCCGCCUCCUCCGCCCCAGCCCCAGCCGCCGCCGCCGCCCGUCCCGGGCCCGGGAGCCGGGACCGGAGCUGGAAGCGGCCCGGGCCCAGGAAGCGGGAGCGGAGCUGCAGCUGCAGCCAUAGCCGGCGGCGGCGGCGGCGGAAAAGCCGCAGGUGGAGGAGGAGGCGGCGGCGGCGCGGGAGACCCUCAGCUCGUAGCCAUGAUUGUCAAUCACCUCAAGAGUCAGGGGCUCUUCGACCAGUUCCGCAGGGACUGCCUGGCCGACGUGGACACCAAGCCUGCCUAUCAGAAUCUGAGACAACGUGUGGACAACUUUGUUUCAAAUCAUUUAGCAACUCAUACAUGGAGUCCCCACCUCAAUAAGAACCAGUUAAGAAACAAUAUUAGACAGCAAGUUCUCAAGUCAGGAAUGUUGGAGUCUGGUAUUGACCGAAUUAUUUCUCAGGUCGUGGAUCCAAAAAUCAACCACACAUUCAGACCUCAGGUGGAAAAAGCUGUUCAUGAAUUUUUGGCCACAUUAAAUCAUAAAGAGGAGACAAGUGCCAGCACAACUCCAGAUGACGAAAAACCGGAUUCUUCCAUCAUAAUGCAAGGUGUUCCCACUGCUGGAUCCAGUGCUAACGUAGCUAACGAUGCCAUGUCCAUUUUGGAAACUAUAAGUUCUCUUAAUCAAGAAGCAAAUGCUGCGCGGGCAUCAACAGAAGCUACAAAUCCCAAGACCAGUGAAAGAACAUCAAAAAGACUCCUAUCUCAGCCAAGCAUGGAUGCUGGCCCUGAUCGAGAGAGAAACACAGAAGACAUAACAGACAAAGACAAAUGUUUGUCUGACCCAUUCAUUGAAGGACUUGAAACAGUCUCAAAGUCAGAAGACUUAAAUGAUCUCCCUAGUCCAGUUGAAGAAAUAAAAAAUCCCAUGAAGGACGACAAUAGUUUGAUUCUACCAAACAAAGACUUCCUACAGGAAAACAGUGACCAAAAAACUAAACUAAUAGAUAAAGGGGAAAAGAAACCAGAUAGUAAUGAGAAGAGUGAAAGAAAAAAAGAAAAGAAAGAAAAAACUGAUAAGAAAUAUGACCAUUCUAAAAGAAAUGAAGAUAUACAAAAAACAAAGGAUGAAAAGCAAGUAAAAGAAAAAGAAGUGGAAUAUGCAAAACAGCCACCCUCAGAGAACAGUAAUAAACUUAAGAAGUUUGAUGAGACAAAAGAAGAUUCAGAUGAGGAUGGACUUACAGAUGUUACAGUUAGCUCUGUCCAUACCAGUGAUCUCUCAUCUUUUGAAGAAGAAAGUGAAGAAGAUGCUGUAGUUUCAGAUAGCACUGAAGAAGGAGAGAUUACAUCUGAUGAUGAAGAAAGAGAGAUUAAAAAUAAAGCAAAGCCUCAGGUUAGUGAGCCUGGGGAAGGAAAAGCAAAAACUGUCCGGCAUACUUAUGUGCACCGGCCUUAUCUCUACUCCAAGUAUUACAGUGAUUCAGAUGAUGAGCUGACCGUAGAGCAGCGUCGGCAGUCUGUCGCCAGAGAGAAAGAAGAAAGACUUUUAAGGAGACAGGUUAACAGGGAGAGACUUGAAGAAAAACGUAAGCAGAAAGCUGCAGAAAAAACAAAAUCUUCAAAAACCAAGAGUCAAGGUGGUACUUCAUAUGGACUUGACGAGUCAUCUGGAAAAAAUGUGGAAUCAAAAACUACCAGAACUAAAGAAGUACUUAAAGAACGAAAAGUUUUAGAAAAAAAAGUAGCUCUAAGUAAAAAACGAAAAAAAGAUACAAGGCAUACUGAUGAUUAUUCUAAAAAGAAGAAUUCUGAAGAAGACCCCAAAGAAUCACUAAAAAUAAAUGAGCAUUGUGAAAAGGUAUCCUCUUCAAAGGAAUUGAAGCACAUUUAUACAAAAAGUGACCCAAGCAAACCUGCCCGAAGACUUUCUGAGUCAUUACAUUCAGCUGAUGAAAACAAAAGUGAAUCCAAAAUGGAAAAGGAACAGAAAAGACGGACAUCUGCCUCCUUUCCAAUGGAAGGAGCACAGCAAGACACUGACAUAAGAGAUGCUAAAAAACAUUUGGAAAAAUCAGAAGUGAAUGUUGAAGAAAUUCAGAAGCAAAAAAGUACACUUAAAAAUGAAAAGCAUCCUAAGAAAGAUGAUUCUGAAACACAUUUAAAAAAUAUACCCAAGAAGGAAGUGAGAUCAAACAGAGAAAAGGCUGAAAAGGAGAAAACUAUAUCAGAAGAUAAAUUAUCUACAAAACAUAAAUAUAAAGUAGACAUUCUACAUAAAACAGGCGAUGAGACUGAACUCCAUGCUUCUGAGAAAGUCUUGAAAGGAGAUGAGAGUUUUCAAAAGCAAAGUCAACAACCAAAGAUUUCUUCUGAUGAUAAAUCUGACAAAAAAAGUAAACAUAAGAAUGAACGGAAAAUAUCAGUAUUUAGCAAAGAUGGAAAAACAGUUUCUGAGUAUACUAUAAAAACUGAUGAAACUGUACGUAAGGAAAAUAGCAAAAAAGAUAGACAUAUUUCAGCUGAAAAAGUUAAAUCAGAGCACAAGUCAAGAAGAUCAAGUGAUUCUAAAGUUCAGAAAGACUCUCAAAGUUCCAAACAGCAUAAUUACACAACUCAGAAGAAAAAUGAAAAUUAUUUAGAAGAUAAAUGUGAUAUGGAAUCAACUAAUUCAGAUAGUAAUUUGAAAACAGAAGAUGUUCACAAGGAGCGAAGAAGAACAAAGAGCUUAGUUAAAGAUAGAUUUUUAUUAAAGUCUAAAUCAAAAAGUCAUAACAAGCCAUCGAAAGCAAAUGAAACAGAAUUACAAGAAAGUGUCACAAAACAAGCUACAAAGCCUGAAAAAGAAAAAAUCUUAGACGAAAGUGACACCGAUAAACAGCGUAAACUCAAAAGUGAUGAUAAAAUUCUAGAGGAAACUAGUGUUGAAUCUGAACUUGAAAGCACUUCCUCAUCUAUACAUGGCUCCCUGAAAGAUGCUAGUCACAAAAUUAAAUUACCAUUGGGAGAAAAGGCAUUGACAAAAGAAAAACAUAAGAGUGAUAAAGAUUUGAGUUCUAGGCUUGAAAGAAAAUUAUCAGAAGGACACAAAAGUAAGAGCUCAAAGCAUAGUAGUAAGGAAAUUAAAAAGAGGGAAGAAAGCAAGUCAGAUGAAAAGGAUGGUAAAGAAAUUGAAAAUAAUCAUGAAAAGGCUAAGAGCAAUAGUUUAGUCAUGGAAAAGAAAUUAAGUAGAAGGCUAUGUGAAAGUCGAAGAGGAAGUUUAUCAUCACAAGAAUCAACCAAAGGAGAGGAAAAGUUAUCAACAGACAAUAUUCCCUCUCUUCAGAAACCAAAAAAGAGUGGUGAUAACUUAUUAAUUCCUGGGCAGGAGCCAAUGGAAGUUGAUACAGAGCAAAUCUUUGUAAAUGUUCUUGAAGUCUCUAAAAACCAAGACAAAAGCAGCAUUAGCUCAGGGCAAGAAAUUGGAUCUGAAAACAUUGUAAAAGUUAAAACUUCACUCCUAGUUCCAGGUGAUGAAUUAAGAACCAUCACGAAUGAUCUAAACUCAAUAGAUUCCACCUUUAAAUCAGAACAUCAGUCAACAUCUGGCAGUAAUUCUGAAAAGAAUAUUAAACAUGAAAAUACCCUUGUUAAGAAAAUAAAUAUUCCAGGCCUUAUAUCCAAGCAAAAUUCUGAAGAGAGAGAUUCCAUUCAGCAAGAAGCACAUCAAGUGGGUAAAGACCCUGAAAUCAGUCAUGGAAUUUUGCAAAAUGUCCCUUCAGAAAAUACUGACACACAGAAGAAUUUUACAAGCAUAACCAAACCCAGUGAGGAAAGUGUUACUCCAUUACUCAGUUCUUCCACUAAAGAACCAACCCUUAAACAUUCCAUAAACACAAACUCCUCACAGUGCUUAGUUUCUGCAGCUGGUGUACCUGAAAAAGACUUUCAUAAUUUAGAUAGAAGUUCUUUAGCUGAGGAAAGAACUGUUUUGGAAUGUGAAACAGCAAGCACUUCAUGCAUACGCCACUCUGCUGUCUUGGGGACAAGUUUGAAUAUGAAGGAAUCCGAAACCACUGAGUUGAGUAGCAGCAACAUAGAACGUGAUGACAGUUCUUUCACAAGUCAGCCAACAAGAGAAAACAGUGCUACCAUUGAACACAUUAAAGAAAGUGAUCAAGGAACUACAUUAGACAGUGAACAAGAAAAAGAAAAGCACACAGUGUCUCGAGAUAACUUGAAAACUGACAUGAUUAUAAACAAUGAGGAUGUUAACAUGACAGAAUUUGUCUUGACACAAUCUGAUAAGGAAAAUGAUGACAUAAUUCUAGACACUAGUUUGGAACAGGAUGUGAAUGCUGUUGUAGAUACUGGCAAGAAAGAAGGAUGUGAUGCUGAUUUUAUAAUAGAGCCUACUAUAGAAAAAGAUACUAGAAGUGUUACAGCUACAGAAAAUACAAGCAUAAACAGUCUAAUUGUGAGAAGAGUAGAAGAAGCUGAAAAUGUGAUAACUGAUGUUAAAGGAAGGAAUGAAAAUAGUGAGGUAGGCACCAGUGCAGGAGGUAAUGGAUUCAUUCCUCUACACCAAAGAAAAGAAACAACUAAAAUCACUAUAGUAGGGAUUAAUAAAGUGGAAAAGGUUGCUGUUGCCACCAGUACUGAAGAAAAAAGUGAAGCAGUUAUCAUAGACUCAGUAAAGGCAGGUGAUGCCACAGCAACUUCCACAGACAGAGAAGAAAGUGAGGUCACUGUAUUUUGUACAAGUAUUGAGGCAGAUGAAGGCUUUGUAACAGGUAUAUGCACUGCAGAUAAUCAUGUUCCUAUUGGAACAGAAGCUAACGAAUGUACUGUUGUUGCAGCAGCUGAAGAAGGCGGUGGUGUCACUGAAGGAUUUGCUGAAAGUGAAACUUUACUCACUAGUACUAAGGAAGGAGAAAGUGGGGAAUGCACAGAUGCAGAAGAAAGAGAUAAAGACUCUGGCAGAGCUCAUACAGUAAAAAUGGAGGCUAAUGUAAAUAGUGCUGAGACAGAAGAGAAAGAUGAUGCUGUUACAAGUGCAGGCUCAGAAGAGAAACGUAAUGGUUCCUCAAGCAGAAAUUCAAGAGUAGUUGAAGGUACUGUUACUUGUAUAGGUGAAGUAGAAAGUGAUGGAGCUGUAACAAGUGCAGGUACAGAAGUAACAGAGGGAUCUUUAAGUAGUCAAGAUGUAGAUGACUUCCAGAGAAAUAUGACCAGAACAGGUCCCCAAAAAGAAACUGAGGGUACUGUGACUUGUACAGGACUGGAAGGAAGAAGUGAUAACUUCAUUAUUUGCUCAGUGACUGAUACAGAGGCACAGGAUGAGAGUAUGGUUACUGGUGCUGGUGUAACAGUAGUAGAUGAUGAUGCCACAAUUGGUGUAAGUGCCAACCAAGAAGGUGAAGAUUCUGUAAAUGAUGGUACAGAAGGUGAAAGUGCAGUCACUAGCACAGGAAUAACAGAAGAAGGAGAGGGGGCGGCAAGUUGUACAGGAUCUGAAGAUAGCAGUGAAGGCUUCCCAAUAAGCUCUGAAUCAGAAGAAAACGGAGAGAGUACAAUGGAUAGUACAGUGGCCAAAGAAGUCACAAAUAUCACACUAAUUGCUGUUGGUCCAUGUGAUGAUGAGGGCAUUGUGACCAGCACAGGUGCAAAAGAAGAAGAUGAAGAGGAUGAGGGUAUUGUUACUAGUACAGGCAGAGGAAAUGAAGUUGGGAAUACUUUAACUUGCACAGGAAUAGAGGAAGAGGUUGAAGGUGCACUGACUUGUCUAAGUGCUGAAGAAGGUGAGAACUUGAUGGUCUGUACUGUUAUUGAGCAUGUUGAAGCUGAAGCGGGCAUGGCUGUCAUAAAUACAAAUGAAAGUGGGGUUGAUAGUAUGACUAGUGCAGAAAAAGAAAUGAAACAUGGAAUAAUCUUCUGUGGUGCAAAGGAGAUUGUUGAAAGCAGUGUGACUAGUGCAAUUUCAGAAAAGGCUGACAUGGCACUAAUCCCAGUGGAUACAGAAGAAUGUGAUGGUCCCAUGACCAGCGCAGCUGCAAAUAAUAAUGAUAAUCACCUCACUGGUGAAGAAAAAGAUGAAGAUGCCACAAUUUCCACUGGCAUAGUUGAAAGUGAUGAGGUUUUAGUAUCUGAAACAGUCCCAGAAUAUGAAGUUGAACACAUUCUUCCAGCAAGUGAAAACGAUGAUGAUCUUUCCAUUGUGGCCAAUGAGAAUAACAAAAAUCAGAGUAUUUCCGCUGGUAGUGAAAGCAAGAGUAAAGGUUUGAUGAUUUCUACCAGCACUUCAGAUGAAUAUUGUAUCCCUUUACUAAGUACAGUUGCAGAAGGUAAUGAAAGUCAUUGUAGUACUGCAAGAAUCAAAGAAAAUGAUGGGAUUGCUGUAGAACUUGAAGAAUUUGAAGCACCAAUGCCCAGUGCAGUUAUAGAAGAUCAAAGUCAGCUUUCUGCUUCAGGAAAAGCAGAAAAGGAUGAGUGUGCUAUGAUUUCUACAAGCAUAGUGGAGGAGUUUGAUGCACCUAUGUCCAGUGCAGCUAUUGAAAAUUAUGAGGUUGAGCACCCUAUUGCCACAGCUGAAGAAAGAAAGGAAAACAUCAUUUCUGUAGCUGCCGAAGAUUAUGAGGCACCUAUGUCCAGUGCAACCACAGAACUUGAAAGGCAGCUUGCUUCUACUAGCAAAGAUGAAAAAGAUGAAUGUGCACUAAUCUCUACAAGUAUAACAGAAGAAUGUGAGGGGCCUGUUUCUAGUGAUGUUGUUGAAAGGGAAAAUGAACAUCCUGCCACAAUAAUAGAAGAAAAAGAUGGGAGUGCUCUAAUCUCUACCAGCUCAGGGGAAGACUGUGAGGGACCAGUGUCCAGUGCAGUCCCAGAGAACAAAGAUCAUCCCUCUGCCAGUACAGUGGAAGAAAUCAAUGAUACUUCCAUGAUCUCUACAAGCACUACAGAAGAAUGUGAGGUAGUCAUGACCAGCACAGUCCCACGGAAUGAGGAUAGACUUACUCCCACGUUAGCUGAAGAAAUAAAUGAUGGUGCCAUCAUCUCCACAAGCACAACUGAGGAAUACAUAGUGGUUGUGACUAGCCUAGACAAACAGGAAAUGAGUCACCCUGCUGCAGUAGGUGCUGAAGAAAAUGAGAGCUCUUUUGUGGUAUCACCUGAAAAAGUAAGGGAAUGUGAAGAUCCCAUGCCAAGCAUAGGUCCUGAAAAUGAUGACUCUCAAAGUCCUAGGGCAGGUGUAAAAGAAAAAGAGACUAGCUCAGUGAUACCAGUAAACUCUGUAGAAGAAUAUGAAGGUUCUUCAGAUAAUGAACUCACACAAGAAGAAAAAAAUAAUAGCUCCUUCAGCACUGUAAAUAUAGAAGACAAAAGUAUUCAUGAUGGAGAAAGGGAAGUUGGAAAUGGUGCUGCGACAAGCAGUUCAAUAAAGAAUACCUCAACCAUUAUUACAGAAACAAUUCAGAACUCACUAGUGAAUCAGAGCAGAGAUAAAGAAAUGUCUGAGGAUAUGACUAAAGACUCUAUAGUCAGUAUUUUUUCUUCUGCAGCAGUAAAUGUCAGUACUGAAAAAGCUGAAGAUGUGCCAGAUGCCAAAGAAGUAACAGCAGAGCUUUCUGGUAUUCCUUUUGAGGAAGUAAAGCAUAGCGACUACUUGAAAACUGAAAACCCUGAGUGUAUUAGUGACCUAGGGUCAGAAAUUAUUCUUUCUAAACCCAGGAUUUCUCCUUGUGGUGAACAGGCCCCUCUGUUAGCCCCUAAAUGGGAUAACAAUGUAACUAUAAAUAAUGAUCUCAAUGCUGAACUAAUUUUUGAAGCUACAGUAGAAAAAAAUAGUGACCACGAUGGCAUAAAGAACUUAGUUAAGGUGGAAGAAAACCUUGGAAUUGACAUUUCUUCUAUAGAAGAUGUGAAUGAUACAGGCAGUAGAGAGACUCUACCAAAUGUUUUGGAAGGAUUAGAACAGAAAACUAACUUGGAAACUGAGAUUGCUGUGCCUUCAGAAGAGGAGAAAAAUCAGUAUAUUUCAAAAAUACCAGAAGGCUUUGAUGGAGAAGGAGAAAAUGGAAUAGUUGAACCACAGACAAUUACAGCAUUGGAGAAUAAGUCAACAAAUGUAAAAAACUCAGACUUGGAAACAAAUGAAGACGUUCACAGUUGCAGGAAAAGGAAAAGAAAGCUUUCAGAAAGCACUAAUAAAAUAAAAGUAGGUAGACCUACCAAUGAAAAGGACAUCUUGGAAGCUGAACAAAGUCAGACCAUUGAAGUAAAAGCUCAAGAAGAGGUAGAAUUUCCUUGCCAAGAAGAUGGAAAUAAUGUAUCUAGAAGAAAAAGGAAAAAAUAUUCUUUUUCAGAAGAUGAACUAGUUGAACCACAGACAAUUACAGCAUUGGAGAAUAAGUCAACAAAUGUAAAAAACUCAGACUUGGAAACAAAUGAAGACGUUCACAGUUGCAGGAAAAGGAAAAGAAAGCUUUCAGAAAGCACUAAUAAAAUAAAAGUAGGUAGACCUACCAAUGAAAAGGACAUCUUGGAAGCUGAACAAAGUCAGACCAUUGAAGUAAAAGCUCAAGAAGAGGUAGAAUUUCCUUGCCAAGAAGAUGGAAAUAAUGUAUCUAGAAGAAAAAGGAAAAAAUAUUCUUUUUCAGAAGAUGAACUAGAUGAUAGCCUGGACCCAAGCAAAGAAGUGGUACAGAGUCAGUGUUCUGAAACAAAACCACAAGUUAUAAAGGAAGAGAGUUCUGAAGGUACAGAAGAAAUAUGCCGAGAAAGUAUUAAAAAUAUUGCUUCAAGGCCUGUGGCAGAAAAGAGUGAACAUAAUAGCAGGGAAGCUAAUGACGAAAAGGCAGAGGAGAAUGAAGAGGACAGUGUAAAAUCUCCAGAGGAAGACCAUCCUGUAAUAGUUAAAAGGAAAAGAGGAAGACCUCGUAAACACCCUAUAGACGCAACAGUAAAAAUUAAAGAGGACUCCAAAACAGAUACUGAUACUUUACAACAGCCUCCACCGAGGGACAAAGUGAAGCUUGAUCACAUGGAUAAUUCUAAUAAAGAGAUAGCAAAUGAAGAAGUUAAUUUGGCCAAUGACAAUGGAGAAGAGAAAAUGGUAGCAGUUAUGCGUCGAAGAGGAAGAAAGCCCAAGCGCUCUUUCACAGGAUCAGAAGAAACUGAAACAUCAGAGCCAGAAAGAAAACGUCAGAAAUUAAUGUCUGAAGCAGUUGAGGACAAGAAAGACCAAGAGUCUGAGGAGGAAGAAGAGGAGGAGGAAGAAGAUGAGGAUGAAAAGUAUUCAAAAGCCACAACCAGAUCAGCUACAAGAUUAGAAGCUCAGAGAUCAAAGGCACAGCUUUCCCCUCCUGCCAAGCACAAGAGAGAGGCCAGUCCACCAGUGGUCCGAACAAGAGGUCAACAGAAAGUGGAAGAACCACCAGCGAAAAAAGCAAAACGGUCAUACUGAGCAUUUUCUCCCCUGGUCUGAAAAAGUGGUAAGAGAGGCACCUCUCAAGGCAUCCACUUUUUCAGAAGGAAGAAGACAUGCAUGUGCUGUACAUUACCAGACACAAGCUUUGUCUUGUUAUGUUUUGAACAGCUUUACAAAACUCUUGUUUAUAGGAGAUAUGUACAUUUAUUUCAGAUAAAAGAAAAUAAGUUUACUUUGUAUCUGAAUUUAAAACAAAGUAGUUGUAUAUUUUAACAUUCAAAGUUGGGAUUUCCCAAUGUGACAGACAUCACAAAUGCAAAAGCUUCCAACCCACCUGGCACCUGGCUGCCUCCUGAUAAUCUUUGUACAGUAUAUAAACAUGUAAAAAUAGGUUGUAUUUUACUCUAUGUAUGAUGCUACUCAAUGAUGAACACUUUAUUUAUUUUACAGAGAAGACUUAUCUGUGAACUUUACUAUAUAUCUCUGUUUAUUUUUAUUUUAUUCUCUCUUUUUUUUUUUUUAAUAAAAACAGGUUUUAAAUGCUAUGCACUCAUCAGUAGGAAUUGUUUCAGGCCUCUGCCCUGAACUUAUCUGAAUAUAGUGUGGCAGAAGGUAAAGAAUUAUUUCGCAUGUAUUCAAGUAAGUAGAUUAGUUAAAGAAAGGGACUCAGUUGUUUUUCUGUUCACAGUUGUGACUAUGUUUAAGGAACUGUAACUUGUUUUUAAAAUACAUUCACAUAUGUGACUUUAUUACCAACCUAAGUGAAGUAAAAAUAGUUCUAGUUUAGGAGAAUUCAUGCCAUCUUCAGCAGAAAUUUUUCCAGUUGAGAUUCAACCCAACUAUUCUGUGUUAUUUCGAAGCUUACCUUAUUCUUUCAGUAUUUGUCCUUUUCAAUGAAGAGAGAUCCAUUGAAGAUGAAAAAAAACCUUUUCUUCUUAUAUCUGUAGAGCUUUGGCAUUUUAUGUUCUGUUUUAUACACAGGUAUUUCAGAAUAAAACCUGGUCUUAUGGCCAGAGCCUUUUUUUAACAUGUUUUAACUCCCAUAAGAACAAACUGUCCAAGCUAAGUUUUUCAUAAGAUUAAACUUUUCUUAAGAUCAAAUUUGUGUCUUGCAAUGAUGUAAUAAGUUGCCAAAUAAUCUGAGAUUAUUUUACAAUGUUGUGUUCAUAUUCUUAUGUUUUAUAAUUAAAAUUUACAUUCUGUGUGGUGUUUUUUUUUUGGACUCUUAUGUAAGGUGGAUAUUUCUGUCAUUUUACAUGGUUUCUUACUGAGAUUUUAUAUAUAAAUUAUAAAAUGUUUCCCAAAC